CCGGGGUCCCGGCCGCAGUACGCCAGCGAGCGACGCGCCGCAGCUCACCACCUCGCCGUCCGACGGUCGCGGCGCGCCCGCUGCGUUCACCGUACCGCGACAGUCCCUCCUGCGCAGUAGCAUGCGCAGUAACUCGCCAUACAAAUAUGGACGUCCGUCGGUCGGUGAAAAUUUCGUGCAAGGGACAUUUACGAAGGUAAUUUCUUCGACCGUGGGACAGUGUUAAAGCUCUGGCAUCGAUUACUGUGUAAAGUGAAGUGUGAAGUUUCUGAGGGUGGCGUUCGUGUGGGGAAGGGGCGUGCUGAGCGAUGGAAAACGUGGAGGAAAUGGCCGAUCAGCAGUCGCUCGGUGAGCCGAUGCAAGAUUCGGUCGAUUCGCCAGCUGCGUCUACGCAUGCCGGCCUCAGCAUGUCGCCGGCGGAGCUCAGCCCCACUAUUUCACGGCAGGCCGUGACUGGCUCGGUGACCACUUCGCACGAGUCGCUCGGCGAGUCUACAUCAACUCACAUCAAGGAGGAGCUGCCGUCUGCGUCCGAAGACUUGUCGGAACACUCGGUCGACAUCAAGCAGGAGACGCUCUCUGUGAUAGUGCAGCCACACGAAGACUCCCAGGACUCGGAGCUGCUGAGUCCGGGAAAACUUUCUCCCACUUCGGGAAUUUCAGUCAGUGUCGCAAGCAUGAUCGACGCCACAGAUUUCCGCACUCUGCAGCCGGAACCCACGUACCAGACGCUGACGUCCGUCAACGGCAGGAUGUCACCUCCCGGUUUCAGCCCCAGUUCCUCCUACGCCACGCUGACCCCUCUGCAGCCCCUUCCACCCAUUUCCACCGUGUCGGACAAAUUCGCUUACGGCCACACGAGUAACGUUUCCGGAUCUUUUACAGUAAUGCAAAACAACGGACUCGCCAAUAUAGGCUUGGGCAUGAGUGUCAACUCGCCGUACACGUACGACAAGCUGUCUACGAUGGGGAUGUCGCCGCCGCCGCACUACUCGUCGCCGAACAACGGGCUGGGCACCAUCAACAUCCCGCAGCAGCACUCGCCGCUGUCGCCGCAGAGCACGUACAGCCAGAACGGGCUGCAGUCUCCGCAGAAGAGCCUGUCACCCAGCGGCUACGACUCGCCGUACACGGUGGGCCGCGCGACGCUCAGCCCGCCGUCGGCGUCGUUGCACUCGCCGCCCAACCCGAUGGUGACGAGUUUCGUGGGCGCGGCGGCGGCGAUGAACGGCAUGGCCACGAUGACGCCACACCAGUCGCCCCCGCAGCCGCAGCCGCCGCCGCAGCAGCAGGCGCCGCAGCAGCAGCCCCCGCAGCAGCCGCCGCCGCAGCCGCGCGACCGCGUGGCCGUCGCGUCGCCGUCGCCGCCCGCCUUCCAGCAGGCGGUGCAGCCGCCGCAGCCGCCCCCGCAGCAGCCGCCCCCGCAGCAGCAGCAGCCGCAGCAGCAGCCGCCGCAGCAGCAGCCCCAGCCGCCGCCGCAGCAGCAGCCGCCGCCCCCGCAGCAGCAGCAGCCGCAGCCGCCCCCGCAGCAGGCGCCGCCGCCGCCUCCCCAGCAGGUGAAGGCGGGCGCGCCGUCGGGCGGCGGGCUGCUGCCUCCCGGCGUCGGCGUCGGCGUCGGAGUCGGCGUCGGCGUGGGCGUCACGCUGGCGCCCGCCCCCGCCGGCGAGGUCGAGGAGAUCAACACCAAGGAGCUGGCGCAGCGCAUCAGCGCCGAGCUCAAGCGCUACAGCAUCCCGCAAGCCAUCUUCGCACAGCGCGUCCUCUGCCGGUCACAGGGCACGCUGUCAGACCUCCUCCGCAACCCGAAGCCCUGGUCCAAGCUCAAAUCUGGCAGAGAGACAUUUCGCCGCAUGUGGAAAUGGCUGCAGGAACCCGAGUUUCAACGGAUGUCAGCACUCAGAUUGGCAGCUGCGCAGAUACCACAGCGAGGCACCUGCAAGAGGAAAGACGACCCCCAGAGCCAACCAGAGCACUCACCCGCCCCCAAGAAGCCACGAUUGGUUUUCACCGACCUGCAGCGCCGUACUCUACAGGCUAUUUUUAAGGAAACAAAGAGACCAUCGAAAGAAAUGCAGGUGACCAUUGCACGACAGCUUGGCCUUGAACCGACAACAGUGGGCAACUUUUUCAUGAACGCAAGGCGUAGAUCAAUGGACAAGUGGAAAGAUGAAGAACCAAGCAAGACAACAGUAGUUCCCGUUGCACAUGAUGGACAGCAGCACUCCCCUGGCACAGCCAUGUCUGGUCACAGUCAACCUCUGCAGCAGCAGCAGCCUGACAUAUUGUGACAUCAUGCAAGCUAUCCAAUGCGAGACCAUCAGCACCAUCAUCUGGUGUUCCUGUGAAGGAAUAUACCAGUGUGCUGAAUGCUAUACAGACAAUAUGAAUAGCACCAAGUGACACUUUACCCUGGCAUGUUCCAGAAAAACAGUCAUUUUAAAUUCAUUUUGCAAAAAAGAUGAAUGAAGUGGCUGUAAUGUUACCUGUUUGGUACAGUUUAAAUGUGAGUGAAUGAAAUAUUUUCCUUUAACUACAAUAAAUAAAUAAAUAAAUAAAGAGAGAAAGAAAGAAAGAAACAUUAUGUGACAUCUAGUGAGAAACUCUUGCUCUUAUUUUGAAACUGACCAUGUUUGUAUGAAAAAUAAAUCUAAUGUGAAUGGUGUUGUAUUGAUGUCAUACACACACCUUUAGUUUGAGGCUAAACUGCACACUUGGCUGUGUGGAUGCACGUUCAUGUGCAUAGUCAGACGCAUGUGCACACACACACAUUGAUGAAAUCACAAAUGCGUUUUUGUGCUUAAAAUUGAAUGCACACAAACAAAAGUGCUUCUGUAUGUGAAUACUUGUGUGUGUGUGCUUAUGUGUGAACAUAUAAACUUGCACAACAUUCAUAGUUUGUGUACAACAUGAUUAGCAAGUAUAUGUACAAGUGAUAAAUUUAAAAGAAAAUAUGAUCUUUUUUGGAAAGAGGAUGUUACUGAGCAAACCUUGGUAAACUGACACAAAAUUCAAUUUCCCUUGUGCCCCUUUUGUGAAAAAAGGACAUUUCUUAGAAAAUAAAUUAAAAGUAAUACCUACAGUCUCAGGGGAUUGUAUAAAAAUAAUUCUUUUGGAUAGCGAAGUGUUGGACAACGUUAUUCUGAUGCUGUUGAGGUGACUUGUUUUUUGUUGGCAUGUGUCCAAAGCGAUUUUAUGCAAAUACCAGUCAGUACCCUCUGAGAAUCAGUAUUGUGAGGGAUGAAUAGAUAUUUGCAGUUGUUGACAGGGGAGCUGCAUUAUUUUGUAAUAUUGAUCAGUGUAAUUUGACCAAAUGACCUACCUAAAUGAUCUCAAUUUAAAAAUGAUCUAGUCACAUUUUACUAGUCAGUUAUAAAUUGUUUUGCUGUAUAAAUGUUCAUAUAAAUGGCAAGUACAACUUUAUAUUGUAUGAACUGUGUUGAACAUGACGUAUGUUGUGAUAUAUUUAUACAUUAUACAUAAUUUUAAGCUUUCUUGACACACAAACAGACAGAAUUUACAUUUUGUUUAAGAAAAUCAGUUAGCUCCAACUCUAAGGGGGAGCUGCUAAUUAUUCAUGAGAAUACCAAUGUGCAACUAAAUUAUGCAACUAAUUUACAGUGAUAUUGUUUAUGUACAUUUUUUCUUUGUGUCCUUUGUAGCAAUAAGAGCCACUGGUUGGCAUUGUGAGUGAGGACAAAGCAAAAUGUAGUCAAGGUUUAUCUAAAUAACAGAGCAAUAGCCUUUCUUGUGUGUUGCUGUUUGUCUUCAGUGUUUAGUGACCCUGCACUUUCAGAGCUCUUGUUGACAGUGUAUAAAAUACAGCUCCAGUCUUCUGUAGGAUGUAUUAUUUAUAAUGAAUUGUUUCAUUACCAUUCACAAUAUUAAUUUAUUUUUGUAUAACUAAUAUUUUUACUAAUGUACAGUAAUUUAUUUAUAAUUUAUUAGCGGGGUAAUGUGCAUGUGGAAUUCUUUUGCAGCAGAUUUUAUUCCCAACUUCAGCAGAUUUUUCACCAGUGUUUGCAGAAAUAGCUGAGAAAUUUAGCUUUAUUGCUAGGAGUGUGAUUGAAAGCUUUUAACUUGACCAAUACAUUGUUCUACAUGUCCCUGUGUUAUAGACUAGUGCAAGAGUUUUCUAGUUUGUAAAUAUGAAGCCAGUGUCUAGCACUGGAGUACCUGUUAAAUGACUCAUCGCAUGGAUUAUCCACUAACUCCAAUGACCUUCUCUGAACAAAAAAUAAAUCUUGAAAUAUUUUAAGGGACUCAAUCAUAAAUACUGAGCUGAGCUAGUAAUUUCUCUAUUAGAUAUGCACAGAUUUUUACAUUUUUAUAGCAUACUUCAUUUGUAGCCAAAAUAUGAUGUUGUUUUUUUACAUUAUUAUAAAGCUCAAUAUGUACCAAAAUACUUUUAAAAAGUUAUUGAGUUCAUAGUUUCAUGUUGGAAUGGCUUGUACUAAGUACAGUAUGUAUUGAUGCCUUGUGGCACUUCACAGCAGUACAAUGAUUUUGUUAGUGAAUUGAGUAAUAUUAAGAAAUAUGUUUUGAAAAUCAGUACAGCAUAUAAAUGCACAAACUGUACAAACGGUUCCUAAAAUGGCAAGUGCUGAGAGCAGUUUAAAACACUGUCUGGUUUUGACAGCUAUACACAACAGUUUCCACAGUUUCAUUGUGCUCAAGUUGUAAUUACUUCUGAACAUAUCGAAAUGAAAGUGAUAUCAUUUAAACACAUACAAGUUCUUUCUUUGCUACUUAGUUAUGCUAUUAGCUAUAAAGCUGUGACAAAACAGACUUGCGUUAUGGUUCUUGCCACAAGCUAUAAAGUCUGUACUGUGCAAUAAUUAUUUCAGUUUUAGUGUGAAUUAUAUCUUAAUAACAUAUCAUUGUGGAUUUUAUAUGUGUCAUUGCAGAAUGCUUAAAAUUUUCACUGGACUUCAGAGAAAGGCACUAGCUAAAAUGAGUUUAAAGUAAAUGGAAAUUUUCUUCAUUGAGAUAAAAAAGUUUAUUUAUAGACACAUACACACAGUGAUUUAUCCAUAGUUGAUUUAUAGCAUUCUGCAGAUCACACUCUGCUCUCAUAAAGUGCGUACUAAAUAUUAUGUGACUUUAGUUUUAAAAAAAUGAAUUUCAUUUAGUGCAGCAUACAGUUGUGGAAUAUAUUAAUGAGCAGCUACAAGAGCAGACUGUGUUGUAGGAAGAAUGUUUUCUUCAGAAAUAAAAGUUCCACUACAGUACUUAAAAAGUCAUUGUACCAGAACCCAGACAUUAAGCAGUUCACCUUUAAAUAUACACAUAAAAACCAAGUAGAAAAAUGUGUUAACCAUAAACACUAUGAGCUGGAGAUGGCAACUUGUAGAAACAGACGUACAAUGUAUGUAAGCAGAAUUAUAUAAAUAACGGGAAAGAAUUCUCCUUCAGUUAUUUUGCAUUUUGGAAUAUUAUUAGUCAUUAAAAUGAUUUGCCAAAGAUCAUGUUCAUUACUAAGAAAAUUAUAUCUGUUAUGAAACACAAUAAACACCAAAAUAUACCUUAG